AUGUCUGUAGUCAAAAUGGAAGGUUGAAAUGACAAGUUUGUGAUCUUCGUAAUUUUAUUUUUGGAUUCACAAAUGUUAAUAUACCCUUUAAAUUUUCAAAGUUGUUACUGUUUAAGCGACAGUCUCUAUUUUUCUAUAAACAUCAAAAACAAAGUGAAAACUCAUCUCAUAAGGUGUUGCAACUGGUCAAAAAAAUAGCAUUGGUAUGAUGAUAACAAAAGAUAUAAAAAUUCAGCCUUGUCUCGUUAUGUGCUCUUUUUCGUCACAUGUGUACCGUAGGGAUUAGCGAGUCAUGAGUAUUUGCAACCGUGAGAGUUCAGUGGUGUACACGUAAAGGUGUGAAAAAGAGAUUUUAAGGUUUAUGACGUCACUAGAGUGAAAAGACAAUAAAAUUUCGGCUUUCGCAUACGAUGUUUGUUACUUUUUUUCGGUGAGUGCCAAUAUAUUUUUGUUGAUACAGUGACAGGCGAGUUCACGGUGCAGAGGAGGUGUUCCGCGAGGAUGGGCGGCGAUGUCUGCCCCCUCCGAUAGCGCCACGAGCCCUUCACCAUGUGCGUGUACCAACAUAUCGCUUAUGCAAUUGUUUCAUGAGCUGAAACAGAAGUUUCCCGGCGUCCCCGAUCAUGUUGUAUCACACACGAUCGAACUGUACUGUCACGACAAGAAAGCUUGUGAGACACACCUCCAUAGAGAAGUCAAGGCCUCCCUAACACACGCGUAUCAUGCUUCUUCGUCGGCCGCAGCUCGCCAGCUCAAUGAACUCAGAGUCAGUCCACCGAUCAAGUGCCGCAACCAACCUAUAGUCAAGCAUGAAGCUGCAAAAUGCACUGCUGUUAAAUCUUUAACUUGCCAGGGUCCACAGAAAGCUGUGAUAAGCACUAGCACUGGUAUAGAGGAAGAAAAGCCUAAAUUAAGUACUGAUGCCAAUCAAAAUGUUGUUGAAAAUAACAGUGAUGAAAAACUAAAUAAUGUUUCAUCUCCAGUCACUGUUAUUAAUAUUGAUCAAUGUUAUGCAAAGUAUAAUGCUGGGUCCCCUAGUGAUAUAGAACUAACUAACGAAACCAAGGCAGAAGAACAAAGUACAGUUGAAGAAACUACAUCUCAGGAGUCUAAACCACUUGAGAAAGAUAAUAUUGUAAGCCCUGAACAACCAGAGAGCACUAAUUACAAAAUAUUAAAAAGCAAUAAAAUCAAAGCCAAUUUAAAUGAGAAACUUGAGACUUUAAAAGAAGUUAAAGAAAAGAAGACUAUUAAGAAAGAUUCACCUGUCAAGCCAACUCCCGAGAAGCCUCAAAGGCCUAACACAUUAAACUUCAUCAAGGAAAAUCCAGACAUUGCAUUUAAAGAAAACUUAAAACAGCCUGAACCUGAGACGAGUAGAACAGUUUCCCCGGCACCGUCAGCACCUAAACCAGAGACAAAGGACCAAAAACCUGGUAACUACCGCCUAGAUAGAGGGUACCCUCUUAACUGGUCCGUUAAUGUUAAUUGUCAUAUGGACUUGAGUCGUGCCUACGAUGGGGAUUACGAUAGCCCGAGAGCUAUAACAUCUGUUAAUUUAACAGUUUGCACUCCAACUUCAAACAUGGCUAGCCCUAUUAGGGAGACAAGAGAAGAAGACGGGUCAUUUGAAGGUCAUGUAACUGUAACGGUCAGUCCGAGUACAACACGACCGAGACGUCGGGCUCCACCACCUCCAAUGCCGAUGUCACGCAUAGAGUCUCCACGACCUACCAGAUCUGCUCCGGAGCCCCCUGGUCACUCACAAGACCGUUCUCUCAUUGAACGUCAGAAAGAACGAUUAUCCAGACUAGCUUCGGCUCUAGCUCAAGAAAAGGGUCGCCUGGCGCAAUUAAACAGAGAGACUCAGAUACUAGCAGCACCGCCCCCGACGCCGAGUGCCACACAGAGACUGAAGGAUUACGUCGAGAGACUUCGAGAUGAGUGUGAUAUGUUAGCUAAGAGAUUAGAGAUGGGUAAUACUGCACGUGUAAUGCCCGUUGCAGAGGCAGACGACUCAAGCAACUUUUACAGCAACAUAUACACUGGCCAGCGUCAGCCAGCGUCCUGGCAAUGCCACAUGUGUACCUUCCGGAACCAUCCGUUACUUGACAAGUGUGAGGAGUGCGAUAUGCCAAGGAUAUUCGUAGGUACGUCCCCGGCUACCACUCACGACUCGGGCUUUGGCUCGUUUCGUGACAGAAACAGGAGGGGUGCAAAUAGACAUACAGAUGUGACCGAUGCUCCCAUCCCUCCUGUAAACGACUACGGAGCUGUGAACGUUUGAAAAAAAUCCGUAUGCCUUGAGUGCCUUUAAGUGCGUUUUUUAAGUGUUUUAACCAGACUUAAGUGCUAUCUAAGUGAAUACUAAACAGUGUUGUGCAGUUAACCUAGCAUGUGGCAUGUCCACGAUAUAAAAGUAUGUGCCACUGUGAACUGUUAUAAAUAAUGGCAUAUUCUUUUAUAGUUUGUUAUACCCAAUGUUCCUGUUUGAUACCAGACAUUGAAUUCUUGCAUGUGUGUUCUUAUCUAUUUAGUAUUUUUAAUAACCAUUUAAGAUAGGAGAGAUUUUAUAUGUAUAUAGGAUUUUAGUAAGUUACCGAGUUAUUAAAUAUAGACGGUUGUAGGAAAAUUUAAUAAUAUUGUCAUUAAAAAUUCAAAUUUAAUU